AUGGGCGGCGGCGGCCGGACGGACUGCGUGGAGCGGCCCCUCUCGCGCGCGCUCGGCCGCCUGGGGGGCUUGGUGGGCGCCCACCCCUGGCCCUUCCUGCUCGUGCCCGUGGCCCUCUCGGCCGCGCUGGGCGCCGGCUUCGCGCAGCUGCCCAGCCGGGAGUCCAACGACAUCGAGGGGCAGUUCACGCCCCGCGGGGGGCCGGCCAAGGCGGAGCGGCGCCUGGCGCAGGAGCGCUUCCCGACGGACGACGCCCAGCGCUUCUCCGCGCAGAGACUGGCCACCGAGGGGGCCUUCGCCUCCUUCGUGGUCCUCGCCCGCGAGCCGGACCGCACGCUCCUCACCCGGGCCGCCUUCGCCGAGCUGCUGGCGCUGGACGCCGCCGUGCGAGGCCUCAACGCCAGCGGGCGCGCCUACGGCCAGGUCUGCGCGCGCCGCGACGGCUCCUGCCAGAGCCCCAACCCGCUGCUGAGCGCCGUCGGGGACGACCCGGCGCGCAUCGAGGCGCUGCUGCCCGGCCUCACCUUCCCGCUCUGGCGAGCGCGCGUCUUCCUGGGAGCCUUCCUGGGGGGCGUCACGGUGGGCGCGGGACCGGCGGAAGACCGGAGCCGCCCCCUCCGGGCCGCCAAGGCUCUGCGCCUCUUCUAUUACCUGCAGGAGGACGAUCCCGCGCGGCGCGAAGCCAGCUUGAGGUGGCUGCGGGCCUUCCUGCAGCGCAUCCCCGACGUGCUGGCCUCCUUGAACCUCACCUCGGUGCGGGUGACAUAUUUUACCUCGCUAUCCAGGCAGGAAGAAUUUGAUAAAAUUGCCAAGGAAGUAAUCCCUUUGUUUUCCAUCACAUAUACUUUAACGAUAUUCUUUUCGAUUAUGUCAUGUUCAAGGCUCGACUGUGUACGAACAAAAGUGUGGGUUGCAGCAUUUGGGGUGUUGUCGUCAGGCUUGGCCGUGGUCAGCAGCUUUGGAUUAUUGCUCUUUUGUGGGGUGCCUUUUGUUAUCACUGCUGCAAAUGCACCAUUUCUUAUACUUGGGGUUGGUGUUGAUGACAUGUUCAUCAUGGUGUCCUGCUGGCAAAAGACUAAGGUCAUGAACACAGUCAAGGAUCGGAUGGCUGACACCUAUGCAGAGGCGGCUGUGUCUGUUACCAUCACAACUCUUACUGAUGUUUUAGCCUUCUACGUCGGCAUUGCGACGUCCUUCCCAUCGAUUCAGUCUUUUUGCAUCUACACAGGAACAGCCUUCAUCUUCUGCUACAUAUACAACUUGACCUUCUUCGGGGCAAUCCUUGCUCUAAACGGUAGAAGAGAAGAAAGCAACAGACAUUGGCUCACAUUCAUGAAAGUGUCGAAUAAAGCUGAGGCAUUUCAUGGCUCUGCAUACAACUUGUGCUGUGUGGGUGGAUCUUAUGAUGAGUCCACUGGGGCAGAGUUUGAGCAUCCUAUGAUUGGAUUCUUUAGAAAGCAUUUUGGUCCUUUUCUUAUGCACCCCUGGACUAAGGUCUUUGUGGUAGUCCUGUAUCUUGGGUACUUAGGUAGUAGUAUUUAUGGGUGCACUCAGAUUAAGGAAGGUAUAGAUCUUCGGAAUCUAGCAACUGAUCAUUCUUACGUCAUUCAAUAUUAUGACUGGACCGAUGAGUAUUUUAAACAGUAUGGUCCAAGAGUUAUGGCUGUUGUUACUGAAAGCAUACCAUACUGGAAUUCAAGUGUUCGCGCAGAUCUUGAGAACUGCAUGGAGUUGAUAGAAAAUUCAACCUAUGUUGACAAGUAUUUAUCAGAGUCAUGGUUGAGAAUGUAUGUAACGAUUGCCAACAGAAUGCCUCUGAAUAUAGAUAAUCGUAGUUCUUUCACUGGUAAUUUAUCUAUCUGGUUCAGAGUUAACCCAGAAUCUCAGUGGGAUGUUAAUUUUACUGACCUGGAAAUAUCAGCAUCCCGUUUUUUCAUACAGACAGUCAACGCCACUACAGCAAUUAAUAAGAGGAAUAUUUUAGAACAACUGAGAGGUUUUGCAGCAGGCUGUAAGAUACCACUAACAGUUUAUCAUCCUGCUUUUAUAUACUUUGACCAGUACCUUGAGGUAGCUCAGAACACCAUUCAAAAUGUUCUGAUUGCUACUGGAGCCAUGUUUCUUAUUUCCUUGCUGCUCAUUCCCAAUCCUUUGUGCUCGCUGUGGGUAACUUUUGCUAUUGCCUCUGUUAUUGUCGGAGUGACUGGCUUCAUGGCCUUUUGGGAUGUCAAUCUUGACUCCAUAUCCAUGAUCAACCUUGUUAUUUGCACGGGGUUUUCGGUGGACUUCUCUGCUCAUAUUUCUUAUGCAUUUGUUUCCAGCAAGAAAACCAGCAUGAAUGAGAAGGCAGUGGAUGCUCUAUACCACCUUGGGUACCCUGUUGUCCAGGGAGCCGUUUCCACCAUCGUGGGAGUAUCGUUGCUCUCCAUGGCAGCCACGUACAUUUUCAGAACAUUUUUUAAGAUUCUGUUCUUGGUCAUUUUGUUUGGAGCUCUUCACGGUCUCAUUUUUAUUCCUGUGUUUUUAACCUUCUUUGGCUUUUGCCGCAUGUUGCCAAACCACCAGUGUGACCAGUACAAUGUAAAUUCAUGCAGUGUUGAAAGAGUUAAUUAUCUGAAAGGAACCCCUAUGGAAACACUCCAAGAAGAUCCCGGUUGCCUGUAG